AUGUUGGCCGAAAGGUCUCCGUCUCCCACUCUGAUUGAGGUUGAGAAUAUUAAUGGAAAUGCAGCGGUGCUUGCCUUGAUCCGCUCCCUUGACGAUGAGGAUCAGAAUGUUGAUGCAGCAGCAGGAGUGGAUCCGAUUUUCUUUGCUCCCUCACCAAUCUCCGAGCAUGACUUUUGGAGGGUCAUCCUCAAAAAGUCAAUCAAUGCCCUUGCGGCCGGCAUUUCUUUUGGGCUUGGAGCGGCUCUUGUCGACCAUUGCUUUCUUCGCAAAUAA